GCCAGCAAGUCAAAGAUGCCUUUCGUCAAGCUCGUCAAGAAUGAUGCGUACUACAGCAGAUAUCAGGUCAAGUACCGCAGGCGCAGAGAGGGCAAGACGGAUUACCGUGCUCGCAAGCGCUUAAUCAGCCAGGCAAAGAACAAGUACAACUCGCCAAAGUACCGCCUCGUCGUGCGUUUCACGAACAAAGACAUCAUCUGCCAGGUCGUACAUGCCAAGAUCGUUGGUGACAUCGUUCUUGCGGCGGCCUACUCGCACGAGCUCCCCCGCUAUGGCAUCAAGCACGGCCUCACCAAUUGGGCAGCUGCCUACGCGACCGGCCUGCUCGUCGCUCGUCGUGCACUUACUAAGCUCGGACUGGCAGACAAGUACGAAGGCGUGACGGAGCCCGACGGAACAAUGACGGAGACCCAACAUAUCGAGGGCGGUCCGCGACCGUUCAAGUGCUACCUCGAUGCCGGACUCAAGCGCACUUCGACUGGCAGCAGAGUCUUUGGCGCUCUCAAGGGUGCAUCCGAUGGCGGCAUCUUCAUCCCCCACAACGAGAAGCGAUUCCCAGGCUACGAUCCAGAGACGAAGGAGCUAGAUUCUGAGGUCCUGCUUAGAUACAUCAUGGGAGGUCACGUCAGCGCUUUCCAGGAGGAGUUGCAAGAGGAAGAUCCAGAGCGAUACAAGACCCAGUUCGCAAAGUACGUCGAGGAUGGUGUCGAGCCUGACGAUCUCGAGGAGAUCUACUCAUCCGCGCACGAGAAGAUCCGGGAAGACCCCGCACCCCAGCCGACGGACAAGUCUGAUCUCGCUCAAUGGAAGGAGCUCUCGAAGAAGAACCACCUGCCCAAGUCGACUCGCGCGGAGAAGCAAGCCCGUAUCGCGGACAAGAUCAAGGCCUAUGAGGCUGCCAAGUAGGCGGUUGCCUGUCACGGUCCUGUGUUGUCACGAGUGUGCAUUGGCGUCUCACUCUGCUGUCCGAGUGUGCUACC